AUGCCGAGCAUGCCAGGACACCAGCGUAAUGUGUCACAGGGACAACAUAAUGACUCUUUUGUAUUCAACUCCAAAAAAUGGAUCCCGAAAAGAAAGAAAAAAAACAACAUUUGUCUUCUUUUUUCUCCUGAUCCACCUAGGUUUUUUGUUCUUCUUCCACUUAUCGUCGAUCGUGGCGCCGAAUCCGACGAAGAAGACGUCGAAAAACUGGCUGGAAGAGCUACUCCAGUAGAAGGAAGAACUACAAUUUCAAUGGAAAACGACGAUGCACCAUAUGGGAAUGGGGGAGUUUAUCCGGGAAGUAGCCCACCAUUUAGUCCCAGUCGACCCCAGGAUAACAAAUCAUCAGGUCUAUGCAGUCCACAACUCCGAUCCAACAUUAAAGUAAUAAUUGGCUCAAUAGUUCUGACGGCUGUCGGAGCAAUUCUUCUUGCUUGGGGAUGCUGGGUAGCAAUGAAUCCAGAAGAAGCACACUCUGGCAUGCAACACUGGGUAUUCUUCUUCGCCGGUCUCGUCUGCUUCAUCCCAGGAUUCUACCACGUCUACUACGUAACGUGCACAUUAUGUGGUCGUCCUGGCUACUCAUUUGACAAAUUGCCCACUUUUAAUCGAUAG